AUGUCGAUGAAGUCUCACGGGUUCGAGACCUCGAUGGACGUUGCGCGCCGACAACAAUACCAUGUAGCGCAACUGGCAGGUCAUAAAAGGCCUUCCACCGAGUUGGAGACCACCAAUGCAGAGUCUGAGGUGAGAGCUCUUCCGAUACCUCGGUACCAACCACAUGGCGAUUUGGACAUCGAAUCCACUCCGUUGGAGUCCGCUCGAGCCUCUUUGGAGGCCCCUCCAAAUAGAUUUACCGCCAGCAAGAUCCACACAGGUCCGGGCGCAGGCAUAACAAGUCAAGAAAAUGAGCUACAGAAGGCCUCUAUAGCGGCACCGAGGUCAACUCAGAACCCUUUGCUUUCGCUAUCCAACCCAAAGUAUGGGCUUCCUGCAGCGCUCACAGCGAAUUUUGCUGCUCUGGGUGUCACUAGCAUUUAUGCUUGGCAGGCAUCAUGUUUGUUAGCUCGGGGCUUACUCUCUGGUAAGCGACAUUUGGUUUACACAGCCCCCACUGGGGGCGGAAAGUCCAUGGUAGCAGAUGUCUUAUUAUUGAAGCGUAUCAUUGAGAAUCCCGAGCGCAAAGCUAUUUUAGUCUUGCCAUAUGUGGCUUUGGUUCAGGAGAAGCUAAAGUGGAUGCGUCGGAUUGUUCAGGACGUGAACAAGAAUGUCCCGGAUGAUGAGGGCGAAGAUGAUUCGAGCUUCCCUGGCAAGCAAUGGAAGAGACCUCAGAAACAAAUCCGCGUAACUGGAUUCUUUGGUGGUAGUCGGACGACUAAUACUUGGGCUGAUACUGACAUUGCGAUCUGUACUAUCGAGAAGGCAAAUUCGUUAAUCAACACUGCGAUUGAGGAGUGCAGCAUUGGGAACCUAGGCGUGGUCGUGCUCGAUGAGUUGCACAUGCUCGAUGAUGAACACCGUGGAUAUCUGUUGGAGCUUAUGGUCACCAAGUUGCUCCUAUUACAACAAGAUAUCCAAAUUGUGGGAAUGAGUGCCACGCUUUCGAAUACCGAGAUGCUGGCCGAAUGGAUGAACGCUAGGUUUUUCAUCUCAACAUACCGACCGGUCCCCAUUGAUGAAUACCUGGUUUAUGAAAAUGCGAUUUAUCCAGCUGCAACGUCCAGGCAAUUGUUUCAGACAGCCACCAAAUUGGCUUCAACGUCACUGCCCGAAAUAAUCCCACCGCAUAGAAUUAUUGAGCCCUCGUCUUACAAAGAGCUUGGCAAUGCCGCAACCAACGCUAUGGUAGCACUGGCCGUGGAAACUGCUUCAGCGGGCUACGGAGCUUUGGUAUUCUGUGGAAGUCGCAAUGCAUGCCAGAUUAAUGCCGCGAUGAUCGGUGAAGCUAUGCCUCAUGCAGCAGAUAAGGAAGAGCUGAACAAGCGACUUGAUUUGCUUGCCGAUCUCAGAAGCCUCACAUGUGGUCUAGACCCUGUACUCGGGAAAACAGUUAUUAAAGGAACAGGAUUUCAUCACGCUGGAAUGACAACCGAAGAACGGGAGCUGAUUGCAGCGGCGUAUGAUUCAGGCGUGCUCAAGGUCCUCAUCGCCACAUGUAGCCUUGCUGCCGGUGUGAACCUUCCUGCCCGACGGGUCAUCAUCAAUGGAGCCCGGAUGGGCCGAGAGUUGGUCGGCUCUGCGAUGUUGCGGCAAAUGUGUGGACGGGCUGGGCGCAAAGGGAAAGAUGAUACCGGCGAGACAUACUUGAUAUGUGUCAAGGCUGAUCUGGAAGCCGUAUGUGACCUAUUGGAUGCCGAUAUGCCUGCCAUUGAAAGUUCCCUUGUCCCCGAAAAACGAGGCUUGAAGCGAGCGCUGCUAGAGGCCAUCGCAACAGGUCUAGUAUCCGGAUGCGAGGCGAUCAAGGAAUACGUACGAUGUACACUUCUGUACCGCACCCUGGAUAAGAAAAUUGCUUAUAGCAUCAUGGUCUCAGCUCUAAAAGAGUUGGUCGAUGAAGAGCUUUUGGUUUUGAAAGAAGAUGAGGCAUAUGGAGCAACACCUUUUGGUCAAGCCGUCGUAGCCUCAGCAUUUUCCCCCGAAGAUGGCUUAUUUGUACACGAGGAGCUCAAGAAAGCUCUACAGGCUUUUGUGAUGGAUGGCGACAUGCACAUUUUCUACAUGUUCACCCCUCUGCAGGCAGCCAUGAGCACGCCAAUUGACUGGCAAAUAUUUCGUGAUAAAAUCGACCAACUGGACGAGAGUGGUAUUCGCGCAUUGCAAUUCGUCGGUGUUCAACCGGGCUUUGUCAAUACCAUGGUAAAAUCCGGCGCAUCACUGAAAGAAGUAACCCCGGAAGAAAUCCAGAAAGCGCGUAUCUACCGACGCGCAUAUACAGCUUUUCAGCUCCGCGACCUAAGCAACGAAGUCCCCUUAGCAACUAUUGCCCAGCGUUACCGUAUCCCUCGGGGCACGGUCCAAACGCUGGCACAGCAAUGCCACGGCUUCGCGGCUGGCAUCGUCAAAUUUUGCCAGCGAAUGAACUGGGGAAUGCUGGCCGCUGUGCUGGAUCACAUGCGCGAUAGACUUGAAGCGGGUGCUCGAGCUGACCUACUUGAGAUGACGCAGGUGACUUUUGUUCAGAGCUGGACUGCACGAUUACUCAGGGAAAAUGGAUUUCGAAACCUGCGCGCCUUGGCCGAGGCUGAUCCGAAGGAUCUGGUGCCUGUGCUUAUGAUGGUAAACGCCCGCAAGACGCAGAAGAACCAGCUCUACCCGACGGAAGCAGAGAGAUAUGCCGCAAAGUUGUUGGCGAAGGCUGAGAUUAUUGUAGCCUCUGCAAAUAAGAUUUGGGAACGGGAGACACUGGUGGAAGUAGAAGCAUGA